CGCCCACCCUGAGCGGAGCGGCGGAGCUGGCGAUAAACAGGUUGUGUCGGGGAGGAGGUGGAGGAGGGCGCUCGCUCUCCGGCCUUCCACCGCCUGCUGUCUCCUUUCGGCUCGCCCGGGCGCGGGCGCGGGGCGGCCGGCAGCCGGCUUGAGGGUGCCCGCCGGCGGGAGAAGGGCGCUUUGGCGGAGAGCUGUUGGAGUUGCUCGGAGGGCGAGAGACGGGUGCUCUCCCCCAUGCCGGGCAGGUGGUGCGGUCCUGAGCGGGUCCUGGAGCCUGAACGACGCCCCUGAGAAGCCCGCAGAACGCGGGUUCUGUGAAGAGACGUGGGGAAGAUUCGAUUCCGAGAAAAGGAAGAGCCGGAUUGAAAGGGAGCGAGGCCGCUGAGGGGGAGGGGGCUGCCAAGAUGGCGUCCGCCUCCUCUGGGCCAGCGGCGGCCGGGUUUUCCUCCCUUGAUGCCGGGGUCCCCGCCGGAACCGCAGCAGCAGCAUCUGGAAUCAAGAGAGCCACAGGUUCUGAGGGACCUUAUGCCUCUGUCAUGCCUGUCAAGAAAAUAGGCCACCGAGGUGUUGAUUCUUCUGGAGAGACUACAUAUAAAAAGACAACUUCAUCAGCCUUGAAAGGUGCCAUCCAGUUGGGCAUCACCCACACUGUGGGCAGCCUGAGUACCAAGCCAGAGCGAGAUGUCCUCAUGCAAGACUUCUACGUGGUGGAGAGUAUCUUCUUUCCCAGUGAAGGGAGCAACUUGACACCGGCUCAUCAUUACAAUGACUUUCGUUUCAAGACCUAUGCACCUGUUGCCUUCCGUUACUUUAGAGAGCUGUUUGGCAUCCGGCCUGAUGAUUACUUGUACUCCCUUUGCAGUGAGCCAUUGAUUGAACUCUCCAACUCUGGAGCUAGUGGUUCCCUCUUCUAUGUGUCCAGUGAUGAUGAGUUCAUCAUUAAGACAGUCCAGCAUAAAGAAGCAGAAUUUCUGCAGAAGUUGCUUCCCGGAUACUACAUGAAUCUUAACCAAAACCCUCGAACUUUGCUGCCUAAAUUCUAUGGACUGUACUGUGUGCAAGCAGGCGGCAAGAACAUACGAAUUGUGGUGAUGAACAAUCUCUUACCUCGGUCAGUCAAAAUGCAUAUGAAAUAUGACCUGAAGGGUUCAACUUAUAAACGGCGGGCUUCUCAGAAAGAACGAGAGAAGCUUCUUCCCACCUUUAAAGACCUGGACUUCCUACAAGAUAUCCCUGACGGUCUUUUUUUAGAUGCUGACAUGUACAGUGCUCUGUGUAAGACUCUGCAGCGUGACUGUUUGGUGCUACAGAGCUUCAAGAUAAUGGACUAUAGCCUCCUGAUGUCAAUCCACAAUAUGGAUCAUGCACAGCGAGAACCCAUAAACAAUGAAGCACAACACUCAAUUGACACUCGCAGGCCAGCCCCGCAGAAGGCUCUUUAUUCCACGGCUAUGGAAUCCAUCCAGGGCGAGGCUCGACGGGGUGGCACUAUGGAGACUGAGGACCACAUGGGUGGCAUCCCUGCCCGGAAUAACAAAGGGGAAAGGCUCCUGCUUUAUAUUGGAAUCAUUGAUAUUCUGCAGUCCUACAGGUUUGUUAAGAAGUUAGAGCACUCUUGGAAAGCACUGGUACAUGAUGGGGACACAGUAUCAGUGCAUCGUCCAGGCUUCUAUGCUGAGCGGUUCCAGCGCUUCAUGUGCAACACAGUGUUCAAGAAGAUUCCCUUGAAGCCUUCUCCUUCCAAAAAGUUUCGGUCUGGCUCGUCUUUCUCUCGGAGAUCAGGCCCCAGCGGCAACUCCUGCAUUACUUACCAGCCAUCGGUCUCUGGGGAACACAAAGCACAAGUGACUACAAAGGCGGAAGUGGAGCCAGAUGUACACCAUGGGCGUCCUGAUGUCUUACCUCAGACUCCACCUUUGGAAGAAAUCAGUGAGGGCUCACCUGUUCCCGGUCCCAGUUUCUCACCUGUAGUUGGAGAACCUUUGCAAAUACUAAAUUUGAGUUCAACCUUGGAAAAGCUUGAAGUUGCAGAGUCAGAGUUCACCCAUUGAGCAGUGAGCCUGAGAAGACCUGAAACGAGACUCUACUAUCACUUUGAUCCCAAGAUGUCAGCCCUUGCCCCAGGAAUGCUGAGUCGUCUUCUUGGUCAUCAAAAGAGGAGAGAAGUGUGGAGCUAGCAGGGCUCUCCAACACAGUUCUCCCCUUCCUCUGGGCAUUAGUGCCUUUGACAGUCGAGGACAGCAGUGUCCCCACCGCUCCAGAAUUGGGUGGCAUGAAUUUUCCCCGGGCCAGCCAUGGCCUAUGUAACUGAAUAAUUUUCAUACCCCAUUCUUUGUGUGGAGGUGGGGCUGCUGGACGAGGUGGUUUUCUUCUCUUCACCUUUCUCCUGGAGCUGGACUCUUACUUCCUCAGGACAGACUAGUUGGACAUGGUUCUACCUUCGCUCUUCCCUCUGGUCUUUGAGAAGACCCCAGUGAUUUUUUUUAAAGGCUUUUUGGGGGAGAGUAAGGAUGAUCCUACUCCCAGCCUUCUUUCUUCCUCACAAAAGGAAAAGGACAAACAGCACAUGUUGUGAAUUCAAGUCAGUCUCAGAUAAAAGUUGUAGAAGUGUUGAGAAGAGCCCUAGUGUUUGAAGCAGAAAAGCUAUGCCCCGCCAGUAGCUGCUCCCCUCCCACACUUAGGGCCGAGGGAGUCGUGAGGGGCAUGGCCCCCUGUACCCUUUGUUAAACAAUGGGGCAGCCUUGUUAGGAAAGUAGACCUUCUCAGCAGGGCUCUACUCACUGCCAGGUCAUACAGUUAUUACUAUUUUGCAAUUUGGAAUGUAUUCUAAUAGUUUUUCUAAAUAUAAAGAAUUAUCAAAUGAUUUUAGACCAUUCUCCAAAGGAGAUUUCUUUGUCCUUCCCUUAUUUCCAACAGUAUUCUGCUCUUUGUGGAGCUCUGGUGGAGGGGGACAUUUGUGUCUGUGUAACAGGCAGUCCGUAUCUAUGAGGUUAGAGAAUAUUUUCUUAAACUCCUGGGGAGCCACAGACUUCCCUCAGUAGGGUGAUCGCAUGUCACCUGGCCUGCCCCCUUGCUUUGUUAGAGAGCUGGAAGUGGGGUCUCAAACCCUGUCCUCUCUCAGGGUUGUGGUCCCUCCGGCCCCGGCCUGCGGGGCGGUGCAUGGUGUUGCAGGCAGGCUGUUGAAAUCCCACGUUGUUACUUUUCCAGUCCGUCCCGCCUUGAUAUCAAGUUAGCCUACCCCUAAGUAACUGUCUAUAUUAGACACCCCAGCCAGCUUCUGGCUGCCUGUCUUUGCUGCCAUGUUCUUUUUUACAAGAAGGAAAGAAACAAUUCUUGCUAUUUUUUUCAUAAUUUACUAUUUAUGAUGUAUUUAAGUGUUGUAUUCAGGACAAAGUUCUGUAAGGGGUGGGAGGGAAUAUUUGAGGGAGGGCUUGGAUUAGGAAAAGGACAUGGGGAGUCAACAUUUUUAUGGAGUGUUACUAUUUGUCUCUUCUUUGUAUUGUUGAAAAUGACAAAUGCGAUAUAAAGGAAUAAAUACCUGGUUUUCAUGUAUUAAAAUUCUAUCAAAUACUUGACCCACUUUUAAAUAUUUUCGUUA